ACGACAACCCUGAUCGGCCUUCUGAAAACGGCCCGCCUUCUACGGCUGGUGAGGGUGGCCCGCAAAAUUGAUCGUUACUCGGAGUAUGGGGCCGCUGUACUUCUACUUCUGGUGGCAACUUUCGCGCUGAUUGCUCAUUGGCUAGCAUGCAUUUGGUACGCAAUAGCGAACGCGGAGCGAUCUAUGCAGGAACCUAAAAUAGGAUGGCUGGAUGCUUUGGCCAACAUGACUCAUCAGUAUUACAACAAUUCUCAAGGAGGACCGAGCAUCAAGUCCAAGUAUGUCACGGCCCUCUACUUCACCUUCUCCAGUCUGACCAGCGUAGGCUUCGGCAAUGUGUCCCCAAACACCAACAUGGAGAAGAUCUUUGCCAUUAUAGUCAUGCUAGUUGGAUCGCUGAUGUACGCUAGCAUCUUUGGCAAUGUAUCAGCAAUUAUUCAGAGGUUGUAUUCCGGAACAGCACGUUACCACACUCAACUCCUGCGAGUCAAAGAGUUCAUUCGGUUCCAUCAGAUCCCCAAUCCUCUGCGUCAGAGGCUAGAAGAGUAUUUCCAACAUGCAUGGACCUAUACGAAUGGAAUCGAUAUGAACAUGGUGCUAAAAGGUUUCCCCGAGUGCCUCCAAGCAGACAUUUGUCUGCAUUUGAACCGAAAUCUGCUCAAUACAUGCCCGGCUUUUAAAGGCGCCAGCCCCGGUUGUCUUCGGGCACUAUCCAUGAAGUUCAAGACGACGCACGCACCACCUGGGGAUACUUUAGUCCAUAAAGGGGAUGUGCUGACGUCGUUGUAUUUCAUCUCGAGAGGGACCAUUGAAAUCAUCAAGGAUGAUGUCUUAAGAGCAAUACUGGGUAAAGACGAUAUUUUCGGAGAGAACCCAUGUAUUCACACGAGUGUCGGAAAAUCGAGUUCUAAUGUGAGGGCGCUGACUUACUGCGACCUACAUAAAAUCUUACGGGAAGAUCUCCUGGAUGUCUUGGACAUGUAUCCAGAGUUCCGGGAGAACUUUUCUAACAAUCUCGAAAUUACGUUUGCCUUGAGAGAUGAAGAACAAGCUGGUGUUGAUCCGGAAUUGUUUCGGAAUAAGCUAACGUACAGGCCGGCAAGUGUAUCAGAAGAUGAGGAUCCCCGUAUGUAUGCUUACCAAUAUCCGAGACCACGGCGAAAACGUGCCACCCGCCGUUCCUUCCUCUUUGGUGAUGGAGUGAGAGGCUUUAGUGAUUUCGAUGAUGAUGAUGACCAGCGGCAAUACAGCGGCCACGGCACUAUAGAAUUCACGCCAGACAAAGCAGGACAAGACAUCACUCCAGCUAACUUGGAUUUUGUCAGUCGUGACGAGAAGAGGCCAAGUGUAAAGCACUCCAUCUCCGAUGCCAUUGAAAGUGUCACAAACCUUACAAGUGCCAUGUUUGGUGGCAGCACUACGACGAAGAUGCGUUCCAGAGGACACAGCCCGCCACCGAACACAAAAGGGUCCAGUGCUCAAGAUUUGAGGGUCGAGAUCUGGACCCGACCAGUGACAUUAAUGCGUUCGUCCACUUCCCUCAAACACUUCAAAGAGAAACCUCUAUCAGGGGCAGCGGAUCAAGUCUCUGGUAGUGGUUCAACAAGUUCCCAUGCUUCUCGCAAGAUGGCGGUGUUAGUGAGUCCUUCACAAGGUCCGAGUGGGGUCACACCGCAUACCUUACUAGAUGAUGAGGAAGAAGGGGCAGAAGGUGACGUUGACGAGGAUGAUGAAGUUGAGAGGGGAAAUGGUACGACGCCUUGUAGAUCCAGAUCGCGAUUAUCCAAAUCCAGCCAAGGCAGGCUCACAACAACGAGUUCAGCGCCGCAGACCUCAACAAGUGGUCACAAGUCCACUUCUUCCUCGAUGACCAUUCCGCUCUCUUGUAGUUCCAGUAAUGCCCAAACUCCCGGCGAUGAGCUGAGUCCUGACCGCCCCAUACUAUGCGACCAGUCUAGCGAAGACUUGUGCAAGUUGGAAGUCCGCAUAGACGAUCUGUCCAAGCAAGUUCAGAACUUGGAGGACAAAAUAAGCUCUGAAAUGCAGAGUCUCAUUCAGUUGCUUAAUCAGGUGAUAGUAAUGAAAUGUCUCCCUCCUGCUGAGACGUCUGCACCUCCUUUCAUUCCAGCCACCACCGCCGCCGCCUCCCCUGGCAUAGACCUACCACUACACAUGAUGUCUUUCCGAUCUAGUUCCGUACAGCUCCCGCUCUCGGAAAAGACGCGGGUCCGUGUCUACAGGAGAGCGGUCAGUUUGCAAGGCACGCCUGUUCCCGCAGACAGUUCUGUGCGCCAACUUUCCGGAAGAGGAAGCAGAUCCCAGGAAGAGCUUGUAGAUGAUAUUCCUGAGGCCAUUGCGGAAGAGCCUGUCCACACCCAUUCACAUGCCAAAACCGUGCCUCCCUCUCCAGUGGUAGAGGACAUAUCACAACCACCGGAGAGGUGUCGAUCUCAACCUUCGUAUUUCAACCAAACGAAAUCAAAGUCCGCAGAAAGCGGCCCUUCUGAAAAAAUUGAGCUGCAGCCAUUGACGAGCCAGUGUUUUAAGAAAGAAUCUCCAUCGUCACCAGAUCAGGGGUUUAGGGAAUCUUUACCUGUGGGGGAGGAGGCAAGUGAUUCUCCAGUGGUAGAAUUCCUCGAGUCUUCUUCGAAAGCCGAAGCUCGAAGCCGAAGCGUCGAGGACCUGCCUAAAAAGCCAAAAACCUACCUUUUUAGGGACUCAAAGUCUUCGGAUGUGUAAAUUUAAAAACAAAUUAAUAAAAACAGAAUAAAACAAACAAGAAGAAUUAAAACUUUGUAACGUAAGUUAUAAUGUCGGAUUUUAUGGCUGUUAUUUAUUUUUGUAACGCCAAAGUUUUCAUUUGGUCUUGUAUAUUGUGUGAAUGUAAUCUGGAUCGUUCUUAUAUAUAUAUACAUAUAUAUAUAAUGGUGCAUUAAUUAUAUUCCGCAUUACCGGUGAUGUUUAAUACUACAACUUCUACUUCCUCAUAUCGCAUCUGGUAACCACACAAAUAUCUAUUCUGUGUGAAAUAAGAGACCCUCCAUCUAGUUAAAAGGAAAGAAAUCGGAGCGAAAAUGAAUAUUUUGGUUGAUGGUUGCUUUGAACGACAUUCUAGAUAUCUAAACCUUGUUGAAAUUACUGGAUUUAGUAGUAUGAAAAUAAUUAUUUUACCUUCCUUGAUAUGUAUUAGAAAACAACAUUUAUAAAAAAGUAGUACUUUUUUGCUGUUAGUAAUCUUAAUUUAUUAUUUCAUUACAAUAGGCACUAACUUGAAUUUGUGCAGUAUUAAAUUCAUGUAAUACAAAUUACUUAAUUAAACAUAAUUCGUUUCGUGCUAUUUUAAGAUCUUUAAAUAUUAUGUUUCUUUUUUCCAUGCACACAUAUAUCUCUUAAUGAAUAUACUAUUACAUAAUGAGUAAAAUUUAAGACAUAUGUAUUAAAAAUAGUUAUACAGAAAAUGUAUAAAUGAUGAAAUAAUAGUUAACAAACAAAUACAGGGUCCUAAGCAUUUAAACGAGUGUUUAAUUUUAAAGAAUAUUCAAAAAUAUACCAUUUACAUAUCAAUAAUUUAAGUAACAUUUUAUCGCUUAAUGUGUAGCAGUUAAAAUGUUAAACUCUUUUGUAAGAAAUAUUCAUUUUCAUUAUUUAGCCUAAUCAUUUCAUAAUAAAAGUACAAAAUUUUAUUAUAUUACUAGGUUAAUUUCUUAAGUAUAUCUUCAUAUCAAGUAAAAGUAAAAUCUUGUUAAAACAUUUAACUGUACAAAAAAAAAAAAAAAAAAAAAAAAAAAAAAAAAAGGUAUAUUCCUGAAAUUCCGCCUAAUUCUAUUAUGUACAAAAAGCGUUUAAAUAUGCAAAGCAGACAAUCAUGUAUGUAUACGGCAAUGGA